UUGAGGUUAUUUUUGCUAUUUAAAGUUUAAGAAUAUCUAAAUUGUUACUAAUGUGUUAAUGUUUACGUUUUAAUAAAGCAAUAUGUCAGAUUUAGACGAACCGCCGACUAAAUUGACCAAAAUGGGAGGUCAAGCUAUGGGCUCUGCCGAAGGUCUAGAAUUGGACGAAGAGGAAAUGGAGGCGCAAGAAGAAUGGCUCAGCGAAGGAGUGCUUACUGAUGAUGAAUACAACCAAACGUGUGAACAAGAAACACUAGAUCAAUCUGAGUUGGCUACUCAAGAUGAUGAUGCUACCCCUAGCAUUGAUUCCUUGGAAGAAAGUCAAGAAUGGAAUAAAACAAAGCAAGAAAAUGAUAGUAUGCUAGAUGAAAAAUCACAAGGAAUAGAUAAGGAGUCGACGGUAACGGUCUCGGUGACAAGAAAUGAGGUACAGAAUAUUGAAGAGGCCCUUAAUAACUUGGACACAAAAAACGAACUAGCUGAUGACUUGGAUGCUUUUCUUAUAAGGAAAUCUGAUGGUCAAGUGAUCAAACCUGAUGGUACGAAAUCAGAGAGCAAGCAAGAGGAAGACGGUAAUGAUACAGAUGAUUUAUUGAGGUUGCUAGGCGACGAAGAUACCAAGAAGAAAGUAUUAACAAAGAAGUCGUCAAAAGUGAACGAAGCUUCAACUGAUGAUGAUGAGUUUAUAUACGAGGAUUCAAAGAUAAAGAAACUGAAAUUAGCCAAGAACAUUAUAUUCAAGAAUCAAGUUCCUACUAAAGCCAAGUUUGAUGAGACAUCGGACGAUGAUCGCUCGGAGUCCUCAGGAGAGCAGAAGACAGUCAAAAAGUCGGCAAGAGUUGCAGCGAAACCGGUCGCGGCCAAGAGCACUACGAAACUGCCCCACAACGAUAAGUCAAGCAAAAAUGUACCUUACGUCAAUUUAGAGAAGGUUAAAGUGGUCCAUUCAACACCUGCGCGAUGGAAGCCGAAAUUCGAGACGAAAGAGAAAUCCGAUGAGUCUCCUUCGGUCAGAAAGUCGACGGUCUCCUCACCAGCCCACGGCAGGAGUAGUAGCAGGACUGCUUCCGUCACAGUCCGAAACCUCUCUAAAGAAACUAAAUCAGUUGUUGGCGUUAAAUCGUCAAGGUCUUCGAACCACUUGAAGAGCAAGGAGACGGCUGAUGAGGAUCUCCUCGAAGAUGAAGAGGACCACAAGCCUGAGGAUAGAAAAACUAGUAAAAAUAAAUCCGCCAAAAGCGUCGCGUUCAAGAGACAAGCGCCCGACGAGACUUCGGACGACGAAGAUACAGACCUGUCCUCAGGCGAACCGAAGGCGGUGACGAGGACCAUCGCGAAGAAACCGAUCGCUUCGAAGAGCACCGCGAAACCGCCCCACGUCGACAAGUCGAGCAAAAACGCACGUAAUGACCUAGGGAAUAAGAAUAAAAAUGCGACGUCGCGACUGAAGCAAAUAUCUGAAAACGACAGGAAGUUCGAUGAGCUGUUGGCCAACAAGCCAGGCGGCGCGGGGCGGGCGGGGGGCGGGGGCGGCGGGGACGCGGUGAUGGCGCAGUCGCAGACGCCCCGGCCGGCGAGGUCGGUCGAGAGUGAUGAGAUAAUCGAUGAGGAGGAGUUCCUUGAAGAUGAGGAGGACUUCGAACUUGAUGACGAGUUCGAUGAGGAGUCGGAGCUGGAUGAAGGGAAGCAGCGCAUCAUGAGGCCGGAGUACAUGGACGAGGAGGUGCCCUCGGACGCCGACAGCAGAUCUGAUGAAGGCAGCCUUUAUGAUGAGUUGCCCUCGUCGGACUCGGAAGACAUGGACGACUGGUUCAGUCUGGACCUGAGGACGGAGCGCGCGCCGGACUACCUGCCGCUGCUCGGUCCAAAGGCGCGCGAACUCCUCCUGGAAGAGAAGAGGCGAGUGUCGGCCCGCGUGAACACCCUCCGACAGAGUCUCAGCACUCUAACUGAGAACAGCAGGAAGAAGGCGGAGCUGGUCAGGUCCGCGACGAUGGCGCUCGCCGAAAUAGACGACGUCCUCAGAGCGACUUGACGAAAAUAAAAUAGAGCUUAACAAAAACAAAAACAAAAAAACAACACCCUGUAUACUGCCUAAAAGGUCGAUGACCUCUGAAAGGUCAAUGACCUCUAGCUACCAAGUCCUGCCGUAGAUAAUAAAUGGAAAUGAAUUUUUGUGUUUGUCUGUUUGUGAUGUUUCGGGAAGGGCUUUUAGAUAGACGGACGAGCUUUCAAUCCGCCUGGUCUUAAGUGGUUACCGGAGCCCAGCCCAGCCCUUCAAAUCGCAUUACUGCUUG